AUGCUUUACGCUCUGCUCAUCAUCAGCAAGGCUGGUGGUCUGAUAUACAACAAAGAUUACGGUACUGGUUUAUCUAAACUCACCAUCAAUGAAUAUCUGGUAUUGGCUGGAACCGUUCAUGGUGUUCAUGCUAUUACCUCUCAGCUAUCCCCUGUUCAUGGAUCCUCUGGCUUUGAACUGCUAGAAUCUGAAGCUCUUAAAAUGUACUGCCAUCAAACUCAGACAGGUAUCAAGAUUGUCAUCAUCACAGAUGCGGCUCAUACCCAGUACGAACCCGUUUGCCGUAGAAUAUAUGAACUGUAUGCUGAUUAUGCUAUGAAAAACCCAUUCCAUACACCGGAAAUGCCUAUUCGAGCUGAUCUGUUUGACCUGAGCAUGUCUAAAUUAAUAAAAACAAUUAAUGCAUAA